AUGGAACUCAACCGAGAACAUUUUCGCGCCAUAAUUUAUUACAACUUUCAGAGACAAUUAUCGCAACAAGAAUGCCUUGCUGAGUUACUGUCUGUUUUCGGCAACGAAGCGCCACAUAAGUCGACAAUUUCCCGUUGGUAUGGAGAAUUCAAACGUGGACGGGUGAGUCUUAGCGACCAUCCCAGGGUGGGUGCACCAAAAACGGCAGUCACCCAGGAAAACGUCGAUGCUGUGCGCAAACUCAUCAUUAAAGAUGGACAUGUGACAUAUCGCGAGAUUGAGGCGUCCUUGCAGAUCUCAAAGACCUCAAUUCAAAAAAUUUUACAUGAAGAAUUAGGAGUAAGAAAACUAUGUCAAAAAACGCUUGACCGUUUCAAUUCCGGAAACUCAAAAAAUGUGUACAGCAUUGUUAGUGGUGAUAAAUCGUGGAUUUACUGUUAUGAACCAGAAAAUAAACGACAGUCGGCUGUUUGGGUGUGCCAAGGUGAAGAAAAGCCAACAAAACUCAUCCGUUCUCGAGGUGUUUCGAAAAAGAUGGUCGCGACAUUUCAAAGAAUUGUUACUGCGGAUUGGUAUACCAUCAUUUGUUUACCAAUAGUCAUAACCGAUCUUCGAAAAAUCAACCCCGAAAGAAGAAUCAUCCUCCACCAAGACAAUGCAAGCUCGCACACAGCCCAAAAAACAAGGCAGUAUUUAACGGAAGAAAACGUGGAAUUAUUGGACCAUCCUCCAUAUAGUCCCGAUGUAAGUCCUAACGAUUUCUUUACUUUCCCGAAAAUUAAAAGCAGACUGAGUGGUCAAAGGUUCCAGUCACCAGAAGAAGCUGUUGACGCAUUCAAAAUUGCCGUUUUGGAUCUGCCAGCAAACGAGUGGAAUAAGUGCUUCGAAAAUUGGUUCGAGCGCAUGCAGAUGUGUAUUAAUCUUCGUGGAGAAUACUUCGAAAAAUAAUAAAGUCAUUUAAAACUACCUACCGUGUUGUUUUAUUUCCAUAUGCAAAACUUAAAAGACAUCCCUCGUAUGCUCAUAUAUGUUCAUAUACAGCGUCGUAUAUAAAACAAUUCAUAGUACAGUGGCAA